AGAGAGAGAGCGAGAGAGAGAGAGCGAGGGUGCGCGCGUCAAAGGUACAUCCAGCGUCUGUGAGAAGAGUCGCAGCGUCCUCCUCGAGCCGAAGUUUGAUCUCUGCGCGCAGAGGAAGGAUUCUAAUUCCACAAGUACGAUGCGUCAUCGGAAGUGUUUUGGAUAUGUAUGUACCGCUGUUUACCUGUGGACGGCGUUCUGCUUUAAAGGUUGUGUUGGUGGUCAGUACCAGCGGAAGCUGUACAAGGAUCUGUUGACUAACUAUAACCGUCUGGAGAGACCAGUGUUCAACGACUCAGCUCCUAUACUGGUGGAACUGGGCUUCACACUGUUACAGAUCAUAGACGUGGAUGAGAAGAACCAGGUUCUGAUGACCAACGCCUGGCUGCAGCUGCACUGGACAGAUACUUACCUCUCCUGGAACCCAGAGAACUUCCCAGGUGUUCAGAACCUUCGUUUCCCCUCCAAUCAGAUCUGGGUUCCUGAUAUCCUCCUCUACAACAGUGCAGACGAGAGGUUUGACGCUACCUUCCACACCAACGUCCUGGUCAACUCCUCUGGGUCCUGCCAGUACAUUCCACCAGGUAUCCUGAAGAGUACAUGCUAUAUUGAUGUUCGCUGGUUCCCCUUCGACGUCCAGAAGUGUGAUCUGAAGUUUGGCUCGUGGACCUACAACGGCUGGCUGCUGGACCUCCAGAUCCUGGACGUAGACAUCUCCUCAUACAUCCCCAACGGAGAGUGGGAUCUCGUGGGUGUCCCAGUGAAGCGUAAUGAGCUGUAUUAUGACUGCUGUAAGGAGCCCUACCCUGACGUCACCUUUACUGUCACCAUGAGGAGGAGAACGCUGUACUACGGUCUCAACCUGCUCAUCCCCUGUGUCCUCAUCUCUGGCCUGGCCCUGCUGGUCUUCCUGCUGCCUGCAGACUCUGGAGAGAAGAUCUCCCUGGGUAUCACUGUGUUGCUGUCUCUGACUGUCUUCAUGUUGCUGGUAGCAGAAAUCAUGCCGGCUACGUCAGACUCUGUUCCUCUCAUCGGCCAGUAUUUUUCAUUCGCCAUGAUGAUCGUGGGUCUCUCUCUCGUCGUCACGGUUCUUGUUCUACAGUUCCACCAUCACGACCCUCACGGGGUAAAGAUGCCUAAAUGGAUGCGAGUCAUCCUCCUCAACUGGUGCGCCUGGUUCCUCCGCAUGAAGAAGCCUGGUGAGGAACGCAAGACGACCACCCCCUCCACCGUCACCACCAACACCAAUACUACCCCCAGCUCCGCCACAGGAGGCUACAAGUACUCCCACCCUCCCCCUCACCACGCCAGCACCAGCUCCAUCCAGAUGGGCUCCAUCCCUGGGGGACAGCCCUCCAAUACCUCAACCACCAACGGCAACAUGAACCUGUACUUCGGCUACCACUCUGUGGGUAUGGGAGGGAUGGGAUCCUUAGGAGGGUCCCAUGAUAACCCCUGCUGCCCACCUAGCAGUGACUCUUCAGGGGUUGGGGUCUGCAGUGGAGGGGCUGGGGGUGGUAGUCAGACCACGGGGACAGGUGGAACGUGUUCCCCCAACGAGGCGCUAUUCUCUGACCGGGACACGGGGAUCCUCCGGAGGUUGACGGUGGACCAGAUCCCGGAGAUCGGGCGGAUCCUGGAGGAAGUUCAUUUCAUCGCCCAGAGGUUCAGGGAGCAGGACGAGGGAGAGGCGGUCUGUAGCGAGUGGAAGUUUGCGGCGGCGGUCGUGGAUCGUCUUUGUCUCGUGGCGUUCACCAUCUUCUCCAUCAUCGGCACGUUCACCAUCCUCAUGUCGGCGCCCAACUUCCUAGAGGCUGUGACCAAGGAUUACCUCACAUAAUGUGGAUUUUAUCUCGGCUGGCUAAUUGGGCUAACGCUAAUGAACACUGUAGCUAAUUGGGCUAACGCUAAUGAACACUGUAGCUAAUUGGGCUAACGCUAAUGAACACUGUAGCUAAUUGGCUAACGCUAACUAGCGCUUUAGCUAUAAUACUAAACAAUAUAAACUGUAGCUAACCGCCUCUACUCUGUGAAGCCACUGGAAACCACCUCCCACAGUUUUGAGAUAAAAUAAUCUGUAGAGUUAUGACUAUUUAUGACACCAGUACUUGGAACACCAAUGUCUAUAUUUUGAUAAUGGGUGUGGAUUAUUAUGGUGAUAUACAGUAUAUCUUCCAUGUGGGUGUGUUUACUGUCAACAUGGCUACUGUAGCUGUAGUGAACGCUUACCACUCGUUCAGUAACAGUACUGUCAACAUGGCUACUGUAGCUCUAGUCGAUGCUUACCACUCGUUCAGUAACAGUACUGUCAACAUGACUACUGUAGCUCUAGUCGAUGCUUACCACUCGUUCAGUAACAGUACUGUCAACAUGGCUACUGUAGCUCUAGUCGAUGCUUACCACUCGUUCAGUAACAGUACUGUCAACAUGGCUACUGUAGCUCUAGUCGAUGCUUACCACUCGUUCAGUAACAGUACUGUCAACAUGGCUUCUGUAGCUCUAGUCGAUGCUUACCACUCGUUCAGUAACAGUACUGUCAACAUGACUACUGUAGCUCUAGUCGAUGCUUACCACUCGUUCAGUAACAGUACUGUCAACAUGGCUUCUGUAGCUCUAGUCGAUGCUUACCACUCGUU